CACCUUCACAUCCUAUAGAGCCACCUCUAACAAAAUGGGACUUAUAAUGGACGCGUGGGAAUAUGCUGAAACAGCUACUGCAACUGUCGCCAGUGUAACCCUCUCAGCAGAUGUGAUCUUGCCUAGAUUUUUAACACCACGUCGUGCUAUUACUCUAUAAAGUACUUGCACGGUUGUCAUACCUGUUUCACCAACGUUCCAGAUACCACCAGGGCCUAAAUUCAAACGUUGGUAAACAGCAGUUAAAUAAGCGAUGAACAAAAGAACAAAACGUUAUGUUUGUUGAAUAAUGU